CCACAACGUUGAAGGUCUUCGAAACUCUACGAGACAGCAACGACAUCCUCCAGUCUCUAGAGUGGACUUGCACCCAUCUAGGACUCCCUCUUACUAGCCAGCCGAUCUAUUCUAUCUCACCCUCAGCUUCAUUCCGAGACGUCACGAUGGGGAUCACCGAUUUCUUCUCAGACCUUCUGAGCUCCGUCUCCUUCGUGCAGGAAGUUCAAGCCGAAGCUCCCGCUGACGACAACGAAGAGUCAAGUGACAGCAGCGAGGGAAGCAACGACGAAGAAGGUAGUGAGGAUACAAAGGAAGGUGAAGAAGAAGGCGAAGACGGAGGCGAAGAUGGAGGAGAAGAGGAGGAAGAAGAAGAGGAAGAGGAGGAAGAGGAACCCGUGGAUCCUAAACCAAGGCUGGAAGAAGAAUGUGCCCGAUCCGCCCAAUGCUCAGGAUACAAGCAUCACUUCGACGAAUGCGUUGAACGUGUUACGCAACAGGAGGAGGAUCCCGACCACAAGGGACCCAAGGAAAAUUGUGUUGAAGAGUUCUUCCACCUUCAACACUGCGCAACACAGUGCGCCGCGCCGAAGCUCUUCAAGCAGCUGAAAUAGACCUCCUUCACGCUGCCGGCCGCGGAGAUCGACCUAAAAUGCACCCGACAAAGAGGAGUUGAGGGCAAGAGACGAUAGCUCGCAAGCAAACUCACAGAACAAGGCCUCAAGUGGAUAGAAAAUUCUGCUGAAAGAGGAGGGUUAGAUGCAGAUGUCCCUGCUCACACGCAUGCAACCCUCGGGACCUUCCAGUGUCGAAGUUCUGGUCGCCCAGUGCAUCAACCUGUGCUCAUACAUAGUCAUCACGCCUUGUAUAUACCUAUUACUGCAUCAAAGACCGAACACCCCAUCCUCGUCUCAGUUUCGCAGGGUAAUCCCCUUCUGCUCCUCUCUAUGCCUCUCAUUCUUCCGUCAUCUUCCUGAGGCGUUUUCAGUACAGAUGCAGGGUCCUGACGCCCAGUAGCGACUUCAGCUAUCUUGGGCUUGGUUCGGUUCUUCCCCCAAGUAGCUCGCUCGUACUGUGCUAUCCGAGCCGCAUGUCUGGCGUGCACCGAGUAUUAGUUGACGAGGCGAGCAUGGCUGGCUGAACGGCGCCUCAGUUCUCAAGCCGGCGCCCAACCAAUCCGGUCCGCCAGCUGCGCCCCCCGACUCCAGUCUUUUGUGGUGGACUCUUUUGCCAACCUCGAACGCUUUCCUAAUUCGGAACGAUUUGCUUGAUCUCCUGCCAGCCAGCAAACCCUGAUGUAGAUGCUGGGUUGCCAGAUGCUCUUGAAGGACCAAUUACACGGAGCAGUG